AUGGACCUAGCGGGCGGGUGUAUGCCAUUAAUCAUCGUCCGCCAUGGCCAGUCCCAGGGGAACCACGACAACCGGUUCUGCGGCUGGAUCGACAUUCCGCUAACCGACACCGGACGCCAGCAAGCGGCCAAUGCCGCCGAUAUGAUGAAACAGGCGGAUUUGAUCCCCGACGUCCUCUUCACGCUGAAGCUCACCAGGCUGAUCGACAGCGGCGAUAUCAUUAUUCGCCGGCUCGACCGCCUCUGGGUCGACCACUACAAGUGCUGGAAGCUCAACGAACGCCACUACGGCCAGUGGCAAGGGCGCAAUAAGAAAGAAGUGUGCGAGGAAGUCGGCGUGGCUAACUACGACUAUGUGCGCCGUAACUACCACGGGUGUCCUCCGUUGGUGGCUGAAGGUGAAGAUCCGCUGAUUGACCAACGGUAUCAGGGGGUUACUGACCUUCCAAGAGGAGAACUGUUGGAAAUGGCAAUGGGGAGAAUGAUCCCGUAUUACCACGAUAACAUUGUCCCCUAUUUGAAACAGAAUAAGACGGUGCUUGUGGUGACCCACGGACUGAUGGUACGCAGUUUCAUAAAGUAUUUCGCUCAAGUGAGUGACGAUCACAUCUCCGAGAUUAACGUGGCUAAUGCCGUACCGCUCGUGGUGAAAUUUGCCGACGAUACCUUCUCCAAAGGAGACUACUACUACCUCGACCCCGAACUCGCCCGCGAAGGCGCCGCCCGCAUUCGUGAUGAAGGCAAAGCCUAA